GUCGAAGCGGCGCUCUCGAGUACGCCACAUCAGCGCUGGGCCUUUGCGAGGCUGUCGCUAUCUGCCAUUCAAGUCUGAGCCUUUUUCCAGAUGACUUGCGAAGAUAAUGACCAAGGCCGACCUUAUUGCGGAUUGCGUCCUCCGAACAUUUGAAGCACUGCCCGCCAAAUGCAAACCUCGCACCCUUCCCAAUGGCCGUAGGGAAUGGGUACCUCUGGCCGGCAUUGUGCUCAGCAAAGGGCCAGCCACGUCCGCGACAGUGGAAUGUGCUGCGUUGGCGACCGGAAUGAAGUGCCUUCCUCAGUCGAAACUUGGCAUAGCCAACGGCAACAUCUUACAUGACUGGCAUGCCGAGAUACUGGCCUUGCGAUCUUUCAAUCGAUUUCUGAUAGAUGACUGUGCUCAUCUGGUAAGUAAAGGGCGUGAUGAGGAUGGGAGAUGGGUCAGCUGGAGGCCGGAAGGCUCGUCCGAUGAACAAGGCCAACUUUUUCAGCUCCAGGAUGGCGUUGAGAUACAUAUGUAUUGCUCAGAGGCGCCUUGUGGUGACGCGUCGAUGGAGCUCACAAUGGCAGAACAGACUGACGCAACACCUUGGGAAAGACAGCAGUACGUUGGAGAAGACGGACUGCUUGGUCGCGGCAAUUUUGACCAGCUUGGUAUCGUCCGAAGAAAGCCAUCAAGGCCAGAUGCUCCGCAGUCUCUGAGCAAAAGUUGCUCAGACAAGCUGGCACUGAAGCAAUGCACGGGAGUACUAUCGGGGUUAGCGACAAUACUUCUACAUCCUGGAAACACCUUUAUCGCAAGUCUUAUCCUGCCUGAGGACCAAGUCGUCAGCAGUGCGGUCCAAAGAUCUUUCAGUGCGAGUGGAAGAAUGGCACCACUAGAAGAAGAGCGCUACAAGAAGGCCUGUAAUCAGUAUGGCUAUCGAUUCCAGCCGUUUGAGAUACAAACGACCACAAAGACUUUCGACUUCUGUAAGCCUGCUAAGGACUGUCAAUCAGUUCCUAGCAAUCUGUCAGUAAUGUACACGCCGCAAUGUCAGGAAAUCUUGAUCAACGGCGUGCUGCAGGGACGAAAGCAAACAGAUCCUAGAGGAGCCAGUUGCGUGAGUCGAAGACGAAUGUGGGAAAGUGUGAAUGACAUUAUCAGGUCUACGGGAACAUCGGCAGCAGCUGAGGUAUUGAGCGUACAGAACUACACCGAGCUGAAGCAGCAUCCACUUCUGGAAGGCAGAGAGCUGGUCAAACGAGAUGUGCGGAGUACAGGGUUGCAAGGUUGGAAGCAGAAUUUCGGUGAUGAUUUCACCAUCCAGGACUUAGGAUGA